GAAAACGUGAAAAACCUCAACGCGCCACCAUGACUAGCGGCGGAUACAAACCGGUGAACACAGUGCGUCACACAACCACCACCGUCUCCAAACGAAAGCGAUCUUCAAUCUCAGACUCAUCCAAUAUUCACGAGCCACUACACCGACCCCACUCUUCUCUCGCUCCAGGGCCAAACCGUAAACCUAGUAAAUCCUCUCGCCGGCGCCGAAGGAUACGUAAUGAGAGGAUCUCGAGUUCCGUAGAGCGUCAAUGGGUGUUUUCUCCAAGCGAUUCGAGAAACCUUAAAGAUAAACUAGUUUUGGUUUCUUACAACCUACUUGGUGUUGACAAUGCGUCCAACCACAUGGACUUGUAUUACAACAUCCCCUCGCAACACUUAGAUUGGAAUAGACGGAAACAUCUCAUAUGUAAGGAGAUUAGUCGUUAUAACGCAACCAUCUUAUGUCUUCAGGAGGUUGACCGCUUUGAUGAUUUAGAUAGUCUUCUUAAAAACAGGGGAUUUCAAGGUGUUCACAAGCGUCGGACUGGAGAAGCGAGUGAUGGUUGUUCUGUAUUCUGGAAAGAGAAACUAUUUAAACUCCUACACCAUCAAGAAAUAGAGUUUAAUAGAUUUGGUCUGCGAAACAAUGUUGCUCAACUAUGUGUUUUAGAGAUGAACUGUGAGGAUCCAGAAUCUAAAUUACGCGAGCAAUCUUCAGAGCAAACAUCUACAAGUCCUCGGAGGCUAGUGGUUGGGAAUAUACAUGUCCUGUUCAAUCCAAAGCGUGGGGAUAUUAAGCUAGGCCAGGUAAGACUCUUGCUAGAGAGGGCUUACAAGCUAUCACAGGAAUGGGGAAAUAUUCCAGUGGCAAUUGCUGGUGAUCUGAAUAGCACUCCAGAGAGCGCAAUCUAUGAUUUCGUAGCUUCAGCAGAUUUGGAUACACAACUCCAUGACCGCAGGCAAAUCUCUGGUCAGUGUGAGAUUGAAACAAAUCAGAGGUCAUUUAGAAACCAUUAUGCAGUUAGUGCAUCACAAACCAAUGAAUGGAGCCAGGAAGAACUACAGCUUGCAACUGGUGGUCAAACAAGUACUCAUGUCCGACAUCAACUGAAGCUUAACAGCGCAUAUGCUGGCGUUCCUGGUACACAUAGAACGAGAGAUCAAUGCGGUGAACCAUUGGCAACAACAUGUCAUUCGAAGUUCCAAGGAACUGUUGAUUAUAUAUGGCACACCAAGGAACUUGUUCCAUUGAAGGUUCUUGAAACCUUGCCAACUGAUGUUUUGAGAAGAACACGUGGACUACCAAGUGAGAAAUGGGGAAGUGACCAUCUCGCUAUCGCAUGUGAACUUGGAUUUGUCAGUGAGUGACGUUGAGACUACAGGUUUAACGUUAAAAGCCCCCAACGGAGCUACCUGAUUUUGCCAUCCCUUGAAGUUUAUGAUCAUGGAGGCUUGUGAAGUGGAGUUUUCAAAAUCGCUUCGGUUGAAACUGUUACAAAUAAGCACCCACAACAUACUCUUAACUGUUUUUUUUACUAAUAAUAUACGAUUUUGUUGUAAGAUGAUAAGUUUAUGUUUUAAGAUCUUGAUGCAUCUAGAAAUCAUUUCACUUUAAAUUUUGUUUCCAUAGUUUCAUUUUACCUUU